AUGCCUGACCUGCUGCCAGCGCAAGAAGCUGCUAAAAUCUAUCACACCAACUAUGUGCGUAAUGCGCGUGCCAUCGGAGUCAUGUGGGCCGUUUUCACCAUCUGCUUCGCCAUCAUCGAGGUGGUGGUCUUCAUACAGCCAUACUGGAUUGGGGAUAGUGUGAACACGCCGCAGGCCGGAUACUUUGGACUGUUUCAUUACUGCAUCGGGAACGCGCUCACUUCAGAGCUCACGUGCAAAGGCAGCGUGCUGGACUUCGCCUCCAUCCCGUCCCCGGCCUUCAGGACCGCCAUGUUCUUCGUGGGGAGCUCCAUGCUGCUUGUGGUGGGCACCAUGGUGGGCUUCAGUCUCUUCUUCUUCCUUAACGCUGGGAAUGUGUACAAGAUCUGUGCGUGGAUGCAGCUGGCUUCAGCUGUGUUGAUGGUGAUGGGGUGCAUGAUCUACCCUGACGGCUGGGAUUCGGAGGAGGUAAAGCGCAUGUGCGGUCAGAGGACAGAUAAGUACACUCUGGGGAACUGUACCGUGCGCUGGGCCUAUAUUCUGGCGAUCAUCUGCAUCCUGGACGCUUUGCUGCUGGCCUUCCUCUCCUUCACUUUGGGAAAUCGACAGGACAAGCUACUGCCCGACGACUUCGAGAUCGAGGGCGGAAGAGGUGAGGCAGGGGGCAAAUCUGGAUAA